AGUUGCGCGUUGCACCGGAUGUGCCGGGAUGCGGACCGCGGCCUGGGUCUCCGUUUACAUUGCGGCGGCGUGGGGCCUGGCCGGGGUCGGCUGCUCGCAGGGGGACCGGGAGCCCUACUACCGCCAGUGCGUUCGGCUGUGUGAGCGCCGGAACUGCACCGGCGCCGCGCUGAGGGCUUUCCACAGGGCGCAGCCCAUCCACAUGCAGCUGACAGGCUGGACCUGUACUGACGACUGCCAGUAUGACUGCAUGUGGGACACGGUUGGUCUGUACAUCCAGGACGGACACAGGGUGCCUCAGUUUCACGGCAAGUGGCCUUUCUACCGGUUCCUGUUCUUCCAGGAGCCCGCCUCGGCCUUUGCCUCGAUGCUGAACGGAGUGGCUAACCUGCUGAUGUUGGCCAGGUACCGGUCUGCGGUGCCCAGCGAAUGCCCCAUGUACAGCACCUGCGUCUCCUUUGCCAUCGUCACGCUGAACGCCUGGCUUUGGUCCACCGUCUUCCACACCCGCGACACCGCGCUGACAGAGAGAAUGGACUACUUCUGUGCCUCCGCAGUGUUGCUGUACUCCACCUACCUGUGCUGUGUGCGGACUCUGGGCCUGAACCGCCCCCGGGUGGCCAGUCUGUUCGGGACGCUGCUCAUCGUACUCUUCACGGGCCACAUCUGGUACCUCAGCUACGUGCACUUCGACUAUGGCUAUAACAUGGCUGCCAACGUUUGCAUAGGGCUGCUGAACAUGCUGUGGUGGCUGGCCUGGUGUCUGCAGAACCGUACGCGCCUGCCCUACGUGUGGAAGUGCGCGCUGGUGAUGGUGAUGUUGCAAGGGCUGGCUCUCCUCGAGCUGCUCGACUUCCCGCCGCUGCUCUGGGCGUUCGACGCUCACGCCAUCUGGCACUUCAGCACCGUCCCCGUACCGUUUCUCUUCUACAGCUUUCUGGUUGACGACAGCCUGCACCUUCUGGCCGUGAGGAGAGACUAUCGAAAGGUGGAAUGAGCCGGGGACGGCUGUAUAACUGAACGAGACGUUGGCACUGAUAUUGUUGCACCUUUUCUGAACUCUUCACUGUGUGGGUCCAUUCCUGGCGUGUGAGUCUGCGGACAGUGUUGGAGCCCGGGCUUCUGAUCCUGCGUCGGGGAGGACGUGAUUUUCGGUGAAGGGUUUGAUGAUUCGAGGUGUGAAGUUGGAGGUAAAGGUGUGUGUGGUGUGUGCGCGCGAUACCAGACGCCGCCACCGAGGGGCACACUCUGCCACGGCUUCAGUGACUCCGGACCUCCAUGUGCCAACGUCACCCCCUCCCCUCUGCCCACCACCUGCGGAAUCCAAACCACACCAGCCAAAGCCCUGAGCUGCCUAGCCUAGAAUGUAGAACAGUACAGGUCCUCAGUCCACGAUGUUGUACCAGCCUUUUAACCUACUCUUCCCUCCUACAUAGCCCUGUAUCUUACCACCCAUGUGUCUAUCCAAGACUCUCUUAAAAGUCCCUGAUGUACCUGCCUAUACUGCCAUUCCUGGCAGCGCGUUCCACGCACCCACCACUCUGUGUAAGGAAAGCUACCUUUCAUGUCAGCCCUAUACUUCCCUCCGAUCAGCUUAAAAUUGUCUCUGGCUGCCCGCUCGAUCUAUGCCUUGUGCCAUCUUGUACGGCUCUAUCAAAUCACUUCGCUCCAAAGAGAAAAGCCCGAGGUCGCUCAGCCCUUCCUCGAAAGACUGGCUGGUAAAUCUCCUCCGCACCCUCUCUGAAAGUCCCGCUUCCUCCUUAUACUGGACCAGAACUGAGCACCACACUCCCAGCAACACACAUCCCUCCCCACCGAUCUCCCUCCUGGCACUUAUCCUUGUAAGCGGAACAAGUGCUACACAUGCCCUUACACUUCCUCCCUUACCACCAUUCAGGGCCCCAGACAGUCCUUCCAGGUGAGGCGACACUUCACCUGUGAGUCGGCUGGGGUGAUAUACUGCGUCCGGUGCUCCCGAUGUGGCCUUCUAUAUAUUGGCGAGACCCGACGCAGACUGGGAGACCGCUUUGCUGAACACCUACGCUCUGUCUGCCAGAGAAAGCAGGAUCUCCCAGUGGCCACACAUUUUAAUUCCACAUCCCAUUCCCAUUCUGACAUGUCUAUCCACGGCCUCCUCUACUGUUAAGAUGAAGCCACACUCAGGUUGGAGGAACAACACCUUAUAUUCCAUCUGCGUAGCCUCCAACCUGAUGGCAUGAACAUUGACUUCUCUAACUUCCGCUAAUGCCCCACCUCCCCCUCGUACCCCAUCUGUUAUUUAUUUUUAUACACACAUUCUUUCUCUCACUCUCCUUUUUCUCCCUCUGUCCCUCUGAAUAUACCCCUUGCCCAUCCUCUGGGUUUCCCCCCCUCCCCCUUUUCUUUCUCCCUGGGCCUCCUGUCCCAUGAUCCUCUCAUAUCCCUUUUGCCAAUCACCUGUCCAGCUCUUGGCUCCAUCCCUCCCCCUCCUGUCUUUUCCUAUCAUUUUGGAUCUCCCCCUCCCCCUUUCAAAUCUCUUACUCACUCUUCUUUCAGUUAGUCCUGACGAAGGGUCUCGGCCCGAAAUGUCGACUGUACCUCUUCCUCGCGAUGCUGCCUGGCCUGCUGCGUUCACCAGCAACUUUGAUGUGUGCCAGUGAAACCAUACUCCCAAGUGUGUUCUAACCAGGGUUUUACAGAACUGCAGCGUUACCUCAUAGCCCUUGAACUCAAAUCUCUAAAACUAAUGAACGCCAGCCCAACAUAGCCCUUCUGAACCGCCCUGCCUUCUGCGCUGAUAAUGCCGCUGGUGCGGUUUUGGGCCUCAGUAUGUUGUGGCGUCGUGUCUGCCCAGGGAACAGCUUCCGCCCGUCAGCAGGCCUGCCUUGCGAGCAGCCAUUCCUAAUGCAUUACCCCUGUCCAUCCCCCAUCCUCCUCCAAAGCCUGCUCCCUGCUUUCUCACCCACCAUUCCCUGGGUCCCGGGACCCAGAGCACACUGAGUGACCCUGGCCUGCGAACUCUGCCCGCUGAAAGUCAGGGAAAUGUUCUGAAUAACGUUGAUAAAUCUGUGACUUUUCUUCGCACUUUGUGGCCAGUACGUAACCUUUGGCCUCCUGACCCUUGGCACUGUGAGUCAUUCACCCCCCCGUCGGUGGGAGUAUCCGCGCCACCCAGGGGUGCUAAAGCUUCCGAAUGAUUCCCGACUCCUGACUGCGUGUAAACGAGAGGAUUUCCGUCUUGUCAGGAGCGGGUGAUUUUGACGUGAAGUGGGCCUGAGACAGUUUUGUAUUUCCACUUUGCCUUUAUUCUCAAAAGUUUUGCGGAAGUUUUGCUUUCACACACGAGCGACGCAGGUGAAGCUUUACAGAUGAGUUCGGAAGAGUGCGGCGCGCGAGGACACGACGGAGUAGCUCUGCUCAGGCCGAGGCGCGGUCGAUCAUGGCGGGGAAGUUAGGAGCGCGGUCCAAUUGCAGACCUGCCUGCCGCGGACGUUUUACUGAACGUUCAGUCAUGUGGCCCCACUGGCGACCUGUCCCGCGGUGAGACACCACACCGCGGCUGGAGCUGGAAGCGUGAUUCCGGGACAACAGAAGAGGUUUUACGCCAAAGUGGAGAGUCUGAAAAAGCGCGGAUCAUUCCCUGUGGGACAGGAGUCUGAACAUGAUUGGUUGGGAGUCUGACCUUAUACAACAUAGAACACCACAGCACAGUACAGGCCCUUCGGCCCGCAAUGCUCUGCCGACCUUUAAGAUCAAUCUAACCCUCCCCUCUAUUUCUUAAAUGUCCCUAAUGUACCCGCCUCUGUCACCAUCCCUGGCAGGGCGCUCCACACACUUACCUCUGAUAUCCCCGCUAUAAUUUUCUCCAAUCGCUUGAAAAUUAUGGCGAUUUCUGCCCUGGGAAGAAGUCUGUGGCCGUCCACUCUACCUAUGCCCUCUUAUCAUGUUGUACACCUCUCUAUCAGGUCACCUCUCAUCCUCCUUCACUCCAAAGGGAGAAGCCCAAGCUGGCUCGGCCCGUCGUCAUAAGCCAGGCUCUCCAAUCCAGGCAGCACCCUGUUGAGUCUCCUCGGCACUGAGACCGAGAAUGGAGAGGCACCCCUUAUCCUUCGCUGCAGAGAGGAAGGCUGGAACGCACUCAGCCUUUCCUCACCAGACACGUGAACGGAGUCUGAGAAAGUUUCCCCGUCUGGACUGCCGGGCGGAGGGAGGUUCUGACCCCAGCAACGUGAUGGGGCUGCUGAUCUCGGAAAGGAUAGGCUGGCAUUGGAGAGCGCCCAAAGGAGGUUCACAGGAAUGAAAGGGUUAACGUAUGAGGAGCGUUUGAUGGCUGUGGGCUUCUACUCACUGGAGUUUAGAAGAGCGAGGGAUAACCUCGUUGAACCCUAACAAAUGCUGAAAGUCCUCGGUAAUGUGGAUGUGGAGAGGAUGUUUCAUAUCGUGGGGGAGUCUAGGAACAGAGGACACAGUUAGAGUGGAUGUGGAGAGGAUGUUUCCUAUAGUGGGGGAGUCUGGGACCAGAGGGCACAGAUACAGUGGAUGUGGAGAGGAUGUUUCCUGUAGUGGGGGAGUCUAGGACCAGAGGACACAGAUAGAGUGGAUGUGGAGAGGACGUUUCCUAUAGUGGGGGGGGGGGGGCGGUCUAGGAUCAGAGGACACAGAUUGAGUGGAUGUGGAGAGGAUUUUUCCUAUAGUGGGGGAGUCUAGGACCAGAGGAUACAGAUAGAGUGGAUGUGGAGAGGAUGUUUCCUGUAGUGGGAGAGUCUAGGACCAGAGGACACAGAUAGAAUGGAUGUGGAGAGGAUGUUUCCUGUCGUGGGGGAGUCUAGGACCAGAGGGCACAGAUAGAGUA